UUGCUUGGUACACACUUCUCCCCACCUCCACCGCCAGCGCCAACGAAUCUGGGGACAGUUCGUCUGGCGCCCGCGGUCGCAUCCCCAUCGGGCAGUUCCGUACCCCUCCUCCGGGCCUCCAAGCCGCUCGCCCCGGCUGCGGGAGACCCGGGCGAAUCACAUCCGAGAGGGGGGCGCGUGGGGCGGAGCCUUCCGCCCGCUGUCCUCCCGCCACCAGCCGCCCCUGUCGCCGAGCCCGCAGUCGCCAGCGCGCCCCGAGCCCCUCCAGGCCAGAGGCUCCCGCAGGCGAUGGCGGACAAGAGGGCGGGGACCCCAGAAGCCGCGGCGCGCCCGCCGCCCGGCCUUGCCCGGGAGGGGGACGCGCGCACGGUCCCCGCGGCCCGGGCCCGAGAAGCUGGGGGGCGCGGGUCCCUCCACCCCGCAGCGGGCCCCGGGACCGCCUUCCCUUCCCCUGGGCGCGGGGAAGCGGCCUCCGCGGCGACUACUACGAGCCUGGAAAACGGCCGGGUCCGGGACGAAGCCCCAGAAACCUGUGGUGCCGAGGGGCUAGGGACUCGGGCGGGAGCCAGCGAGAAGGCCGAGGACGCGACCAAGGAGGAGGGCGCCAUCUUCAAGAAGGAGCCAGCGGAGGAGGAGGAGAAGCAGCAGGUGGGGGAGGAGAAGCAGGAGGUGGCAGCGGAGGCCCAGGAGGGCCCGCGGCUCCUGAACCUUGGUGCCCUAAUUGUGGACCCACUGGAGGCCAUCCAGUGGGAGGCGGAGGCCGUGAGCGCCCAGGCCGACAGGGCCUACCUCCCGCUCGAGCGCAGGUUUGGGCGGAUGCACAGGUUGUACCUCGCCCGUAGGAGCUUCAUCAUCCAGAAUAUUCCGGGCUUCUGGGUCACCGCCUUCCUGAACCACCCCCAGCUCUCAGCCAUGAUCAGCCCUCGAGAUGAAGACAUGCUCUGCUACCUGAUGAAUUUGGAGGUGAGGGAGCUCAGGCACUCCAGGACAGGUUGCAAAUUCAAGUUCCGCUUUUGGAGCAACCCCUACUUCCAGAACAAGGUGAUAGUGAAGGAGUAUGAAUGCAGAGCCUCAGGCCGAGUGGUGUCUAUUGCGACUCGCAUCCGAUGGCACCGGGGCCAGGAACCCCCGGCCCUCGUACACAGGAACCGGGACACUGUCCGAAGCUUCUUCAGCUGGUUUUCACAGCACAGCCUCCCAGAGGCCGACAGGGUUGCCCAGAUUAUUAAAGAUGACCUGUGGCCCAACCCCCUGCAGUACUACCUGCUGGGGGAUAGGCCCUGCAGAGCCAGGGGAGGCCUCGCAAGGUGGCCCACGGAGACCCCUUCUAGGCCCUACGGGUUCCAGUCUGGCUAAGUGCUGCCUUGGGAUGUGGGGCCUACAUAAGCUUCCUCAUGCCUCCUACGGGUGGCGGAUCUGGGCUCAGGCCCAUGGAGGGCGCUCUGUUGUCUGCUGUCUGCUGUCUGUUCUGUGCACUCCGGCUCUGCAUGGUUCGGUGGACUCAGCUCUCAGAUUGUGGGCCUCGUGGCCAGUCUCUACUGUUUCCAUAUGGCCUCUUGCUGUUCUGUGUUAACAUCACGUGGCUGUCACAUGCCGCUGCGUCUACACUAAGCACCCAGUGCUGUGGAUGUGCACUGCCAUAAUCUUUACGGCAUGGACCAGUGACCGUGGCCAUCCCAGCCAUUUUUGACAAGGGUACCCACAAGUCACUACUUGGAGGACAGUGCCUCUUUGAGGCCUAUGCUUCAAGACUCCAGCCUGCCGGCCUUAGCAUGCUUGCUGGUCGUGCUCACAGUAGCUCUCUACACCCUGGCUGUGGCAAACUGAGUCUCGUCACCCAAGAUGAAGUGGCUUCAUUUGGUGCCAGGUGCCACCCAGGCUUGGACAUUCCAUGGCCUCAAGACCACAGGCUACCACCAAGUGGACUCUUGGGUAUCUGGCAGGAUGAGCACACAGCUGGCUGCUGGGCAUGGGUGAGGUCAAGGGCAUGAAGCAGUGGACAGCACAUUCUUUGUGAUCAUACUGCUCCUCCUGCCCCACGGUGGCCUGACAUCACAGCCUGCUGCUAGCUUAUGAGGGUCUGUGCCGUGCCCCACCAAUGCCUAGCCAUCUCCUUUCCCAUGAGUUUUGCCCAGACCACCAUCAGCCCUGUUGCCCACCCCCAGGUCUACAGGAACCUCCAUAGCCGCUUGUGGACCCAGGUGGGCCACCUGCCAAUGCACAGGAGAGCCCCUAAUCCCCAGGAACUCUGCCAAACUGGGCUAUCUGGGCAUGUGAGUGAGGCAGGGGCAAGGAUGGGAUCCCCGCCUGAGCCCCAGUUACUGGACCCCACAGAAUCCAGGUGCUCUGCCAGCCCCCCUGCCUCUACCUGUUAGGCUGCCAGGCUGUGGGUGCUGGGGAGGGGGUCUUCCUGGUCCUGGGGCCUGUCUAUCCAUACCCAGAUCUCACACCAUUUUUUUCUUUAAAUGAUGGCUUAGAAACAAAAAAUAACAACUGAAGAAAAAGAUUUUUUCUUAAACUCAACAAGAAAGACUUUUGUGUUGAGUUUGCCUCUCUUUGUCUCCAGAGAGGAAGGGUUUGCCCUGUAGACUGCCAGCAUUCUCUCUUCCCCUAUACCUUACCCUCUUUAGCAAGGCCUAGAAUCUUCCAAAGGGGACAGACAGUCCAAGGCUGCUGAACAGAGAGACCAGGAAGUCCCCAGAGCGGGGAUAGUUAAUAUUCCAUUUUAUGCUGUGUUCUUUUAGACUAACCCCAACUCUUUCUUACCCUUCCACCAAGUCCGAACCCCUCUAGGUAUAAGAGCUGAGCUGCCCACCCCCUCCUCCCCCUGCUUGCAGAGCUGUCUGUCUCCAUUUCAUUUUAGGGGAAGGGGUGGUAGUGACCAUACCCAGGCCCCUUCCCAUGGAAGGCCUUAUCUUCUGUUCCCUAGGACCUGGGGAGGCCUUAUCACAAAAUAAUGUGGAGGGUGCUUUUGGCAGGGAAGUACAAAAGGAACCAGAGCCAGCUGAAAAGGCAGGAUGGCUGAGAGAUGGUAGAAGGAGGAGAGCCCUUGAUUUUGGUUAAUACAUAGAGACAGGGUCUCACUAUGUUGCCCAGGCUGGUCUUGAACUCCUGGGCUCAAGUGAUCUGCCCACCUUGGCCUCCCAAAGUGCUAAAAUUACAGGUGUGAGCCACUGUGCCCAUCCGAUUUUUUUUUUUUUCUUCAAGACAGGGUCUCACUCUGUUGCCCAGGCUGGAGUGCAGUGAUGCAUCAUAGCCUCAAACUCCUGGGCUCAAGUAAUUCUCCCAUCUCAGCCUCCCAAGUAGCUGGGACUACAGGUGUAUGCCACCAUGCCCAGCUUUUUAAAAAACAUUUUUGUAGAGACGGGGGUCUCGCUAUGUUGCCCAGGAUGGUCUUAACUCCUGGGCUCAAGGGAUCCUCCCACCUUGGCCUCCCAAAGUGCUGGGAUUACAAGUGUGAGCCACCGCGCCCAGCCCUUGCUAACAUUUUUGAUUCACCAAUAUGUUUUGUAAACUAGAAGAAUAACAGAACACUGCAACUUUAGAGGUUUUCUCUCUUGGUCCUACCUUGUGUAUGUAGAAAGUUAAUGUAAGCUUUUCUUCUGCUGCUUUUAAGUAAGACCCUAUGCAUCCCCUCCUGUGUUUCAGCCCACUGGGGCAUUAUGCUGUAAAGGCUUGCUUGUUGCUUUUAGUCGAGAACUUUUGCAAGAUUGUCAGUGUACAUUUUUUAUGCCACUUGGAAACUUAUGUGACUAUUCACAAUUGUUAUCAGGUUGUUGGGGCCUUUACCAUAACCUUGUACUUAGAAGCAGAGUUCCGGUUUUGUUGGACUUCAGACUGGAAGCUGUGCCUGUGUUCUGCAAGGAUAACCUCCAGAAAGAAUUCUGUGACCCUGAUGGUCUUGAUGAUUUUGUGCCAGGUUGUAAUUGACAUCACUGUAACUGACAAUGCUUCUUUUAAGCAGAGAAAUAUUCCUGAGGUGGCUUUGUCCAGUCACAAGGGGAUCUGUGACACUUUUGUUUUCUAUACGCAUGAUAAAAAAUAAAAAAUUGCCUGU